CUUGAAAACAAUCAUAAGUUUUAGAAGUUAUAUAUUGUGGCCUCUACAGCCGACGAGGGUGAAGAGAAUGACAAAGAGUCGGGAGAUUGCGUCAUUUUGGGAAGAUUAGCUAUAAAUUCUUUUUAAUCGUUGGUCUGUUAGUGCACUUAAACACGUCGCAUCUUGAUUAAUUAUGCUUCACGCCAAUUAAUCAUACUUAGUUUUGCCUAAAUGUCGUCUAGGUGUUAUGAAUGCCUAAUUGUCUGCUUAAAGCCUAGGUGAUGCUUUUUAUCACUACCUAGCAUGUACACACAGUUUUACGCCUUAUUAAAUCUUGGUAUUUAUACUUAUGAAUUUGUUGCCUCGGGAAAAACAAAUGCCACCGCCGGUGCCGAAUUCGUUUCCGUCGAUGUUGAUUUGAUAUUUCGCGGUGGAAACUCUUGCGGUGCCGUUUGAUCGGAAGCACCGCUGAUUGCUGAAAUCGAGACGACCGUCAAAUAUCCGCCGCCAAAUGUCGGCGCCGUUGAUUUGAUCGAUGCACCUCUAAAUGGUGAAAUCAACGUGACCGUCAAAUAUCCACCGCCGGGCGGUGUUGAUUUGAUCGAUGCACCUCUGACUUCUAACCAAGAACGACCGUUACUACGGUUCGCGCCUCUCCAAACUACGUUCGAACGAGGGUGUUUGAGUUUUGAGGAAUCUACGCUACCGCUACUCCUAUGGAGAUUCCUGUGGAGAGCUCCGCGACUACGACUAAGACUACAACUAUGGAGAUCCUUCCUGGAAGGAGAGCUCCGCGAACGAGUUACAGAGAAAAGGUAAAGUUUUGACAGAGUUGUUCUGUGUUGAUUUGGUUGUCCCUCUCUCUCUCCUUGCUCCGCUGCUUUUAUUUGAAAUCACUUGCGUAGUCUUCACGCCCUGUGGAACUGCUUCCUCAACCGCUCCGUCGUGAACUCCCACGUGUUUUCACUCUUAUCCACAGAGUCAUAGUCUUCAACCGCUUUGAUCUUCUCUUCACUCCCGAAUCUCCCGUGGAAGAAAAUAACUUUGUUAUUUUCAUGAGCCCGCGACGUCGUUUACGCCUCCACCAACAAAGUUUCCAUAACGACGUCGUUGAACCCAUUCACGGCAUUGCUCAACUUGCAACACCGUCAAGCUCACUACGUCGUUGAGCUCCACGAUGUUGUUUUGGCCUUGCGGCAUCGUUGAAUUUCUCGGCGUUGUCGAAUUCGCAACGCCACUGAAUUUGCGACCGUGACAUCAAUUCCGCUGCGUUGUUGUUUAACUAGCGGCAUUUUUAGCCUUGAGACACCGCAUUAAUUAAAUAUUUCACGUACCACAACAUUGUUGGGCUUACUUGCGGUAUCAUUUUCUUCCUCAAACAGCUCCGUUUGCUUUUUCUCAGCGACAUUGUUUUAUAUUAAACACUGUCGUUUUCUCUAGCACAACGGUACCGUUGAGCUCCCUUGCGGUAUCGUUUUAACUCAUCCGCGAUGCCGCUUGUCGCGGUGUCGUUUUUAGCCAAACGACAUAGUUUCCCAGUCUCGCGAUGCCGUUGAGCUUUGAGGUUCGCGACACCGUUUUAUCUCUUCGCAACAUUGCUUGACUCCAAACGGUGUUGUUACUCUCCUCCUCCGACAAGGAAAAAAAGAAUAAAAAAACAUUCCUUGUCCAACAGCAACACAUGUCCUGCGCAUGACUCACACAUAGUCUGCCACCAAUGUCGUUUCAAGUACCGCGGUACCGCCGAGCCUCUUCGUGGUCUCGCUUAAAUUCUCCGCGAUAUUGCUCGACUCCAAAGGACAUCGUUUUGACCAUGCGAUAUCGAAUUAAAUGCCGAGACUCAUUAUUACGGCAUUGAAUUUAGGCCAAAAAUAUUUUAGGUGUAAACAGAAUUAUAUGACUCUUAGUUUAAUAGCGAGAUUGAAAUUUGAGAUACAUAUAUAUUUUAAAAUUGAGAUACAAUAUCACAAUAUUUAGCAGUUAUUAAAGGGCUCUCCCCUCUUGAAGUGUAGGGUACACUCACUGUGCAGGCCGAUCUCGCCCUAUUGGGCCUGUAACUUAUUUGGGCUUGCUUGACUGGCCUUUUUAGAUUGUGGGCUAUUUAAAGAGACAGAUCAAAAUCGUUUGUUAACUGAAAGCCCAAGAACAGAAGCUGGAGGAAUGAGAUUGGGAUUUUCGAUCAAAACCCUCCUCUGUUCCGUUCGUACUGUUGAACGCUCUCUUUAUGUUCGUUUUCUUCGUUCAUAACAAACAGGAAGCAUCCAUUUCCUCUCAUCUCUAAACAAAUAAAUGCUGCUGCCGCACAUACCAUCAUCAUCUGCUUCCAAUUCUCCAUGGGAUUCAUCUCACAGAGGCCACUUCUUUACUCUUUCAUUUCUUCCCGCCAUGCCAUGGAUUCCGGCGCUGUUCUUCUCAAAGCUGCAAAACUAGCUAACCCUAGUUCAUUUCCAACGGCUGACUGUAUUUCAGGUGUUUGCUCGGGCAGUGCGGUGUCUUUCUGGGGUCCUACUGUUGCUUUCCCAACAAAAGCUCUUAGCUUCAAGGUUUUUCUUUCUUUCACUCUCUCGGUCUUCUCUAUUGCAUCUUCCGUUCAUCAAGUCUGAAUCUUUAUCCAAAAAUUACAAAGAGAAAACAAGAGAAUCAUUGAAUUACAGCCAGAAUAAGGUCCCUGAACGUCUUCACUUGUCUUUAGUGUUAAAAGUAAUAGUAAAUUGCGACUCUGGGCUAUGGCAGAUUAUAGCACUUGAGCUUCAUUAAACACUGUCGUUUUCUCUAGCACAACGGUACCGUUGAGCUUCCUUGCGGUAUCGUUUUAACUCAUCCGCGAUGCCGCUUGUCGCGGUGCCGUUUUUAGCCAAACGACUUCGUUUCCCAGUCUCGCGAUGCCGUUGAGCUUUGAGGUUCGCGACACCGUUUUAUCUCUUCGCAACAUUGCUUGACUCCAAACGGUGUUGUUACUCUCCUCCUCCGACAAGGAAAAAAAGAAUAAAAAAACAUUCCUUGUCCAACAGCAACACAUGUCCUGCGCAUGACUCACACAUGGUCUGCCACCAAUGUCGUUUCAAGUACCGCGGUACCGCCGAGCCUCUUCGCGGUCUCGCUUAAAUUCUCCGCGGUAUUGCUCGACUCCAAAGGACAUCGUUUUGGCCAUGCGAUAUCGGGAAAAACAAAUGCCACCGCCGGUGCCGAAUUCGUUUCCGUCGAUGUUGAUUUGAUAUUUCGCGGUGGAAACUCUUGCGGUGCCGUUUGAUCGGAAGCACCGCUGAUUGCUGAAAUCGAGACGACCGUCAAAUAUUCGCCGCCGAAUGUCGGCGCCGUUGAUUUGAUCGAUGCACCUCUAAAUGGUGAAAUCAACGUGACCGUCAAAUAUCCACCGCCGGGCGGUGUUGAUUUGAUCGAUGCACCUCUGACUUCUAACCAAGAACGACCGUUACUACGGUUCGCGCCUCUCCAAACUACGUUCGAACGAGGGUGUUUGAGUUUUGAGGAAUCUACGCUACCGCUACUCCUAUGGAGAUUCCUGUGGAGAGCUCCACGACUACGACUAAGACUACAACUAUGGAGAUCCUUCCUGGAAGGAGAGCUCCGCGAAGGAGUUACAGAGAAAAGGUAAAGUUUUGACAGAGUUGUUCUGUGUUGAUUUGGUUGUCCCUCUCUCUCUCCUUGCUCCGCUGCUUUUAUUUGAAAUCACUUGCGUAGUCUUCACGCCCUGUGGAACUGCUUCCUCAACCGCUCCGUCGUGAACUCCCAUGUGUUUUCACUCUUAUCCACAGAGUCGUAGUCUUCAACCGCUUUGAUCUUCUCUUCACUCCCGAAUCUCCCGUGGAAGAAAAUAACUUUGUUAUUUUCAUGAGCCCGCGACGUCGUUUACGCCUCCACCAACAAAGUUUCCAUAACGACAUCGUUGAACCCAUUCACGGCAUUGCUCAACUUGCAACACCGUCAAGCUCACUACGUCGUUGAGCUCCACGAUGUUGUUUUGGCCUUGCGGCAUCGUUGAAUUUCUCGGCGUUGUCGAAUUCGCAACGCCACUGAAUUUGCGACCGUGACAUCAAUUCCGCUGCGUUGUUGUUUAACUAGCGGCAUUUUUAGCCUUGAGACACCGCAUUAAUUAAAUAUUUCACGUACCACAACAUUGUUGGGCUUACUUGCGGUAUCGUUUUCUUCCUCAAACAGCUCCGUUUGCUUUUUCUCAGCGACAUUGUUUUAUAUUAAACACUGUCGUUUUCUCUAGCACAACGGUACCGUUGAGCUUCCUUGCGGUAUUGUUUUAACUCAUCCGCGAUGCCGCUUGUCGCGGUGCCGUUUUUAGCCAAACGACAUCGUUUCCCAGUCUCGCGAUGCCGUUGAGCUUUGAGGUUCGCGACACCGUUUUAUCUCUUCGCAACAUUGCUUGACUCCAAACGGUGUUGUUACUCUCCUCCUCCGACAAGGAAAAAAAGAAUAAAAAAACAUUCCUUGUCCAACAGCAACACAUGUCCUGCGCAUGACUCACACAUGGUCUGCCACCAAUGUCAUUUCAAGUACCGCGGUACCGCCGAGCCUCUUCGCGGUCUCGCUUAAAUUCUCCGCGGUAUUGCUCGACUCCAAAGGACAUCGUUUUGGCCAUGCGAUAUCGAAUUAAAUGCCGAGAUUUAUUAUUACGGCAUUGAAUUUAGGCCAAAAAUAUUUUAGGUGUAAACAAUGCCCCCACAACUUGGUUUAUAAGAAUUUAUGAACCAAGUUGUUGACAUAAAAUAUACUACCUAGAAUUUUCUUAUCAAAAGACCUAGAUGGAAUUGGCAGAAGGAAAAAUGUUUGCCAAGUUACCAUGCCUGAUAAUAUUUAUAUCACACCAAAUUUUGGCAACAUGAUUAAACUCAACCAUGCCAACGUUGCCAGGGGAGAACAAACCUUUGGUUAAACAGGACCCAAAUAUUUAAUAACUAAACAAACAAAUCACUGCAUCACGCAAGAACAUCGUUGUAUUGAUAUAGCCAUGUAUGGAAAAAACAAUGUUGUCAUACCUGUAAGCUGAAUCUGCAACCAUGUUUGUUUUGAACGGAUAGGUUUUGUAUUUAUUUAUUUUUUCUUCCCCUAGCUGGCCGGUUGUUAAAAUCCCUGCAAUGUCACGCAAGCUGGCCUGCAUCACUGCUGUAGCGACAGUGUUGUUUAGAUCUCGUUAACCUGAGAUACUAUUUUUCCUCUCGCACUGCGACACGUUUUCGGCCAACACUGCUGCCAAGACCCAUUACAACGCUGUGGAUUUUCUUAUACGUGUUACCUUCGCCAAAUUUUUUUUUUAUUAUUAUUUAACAGCGUUGUUGCGGCCAUUGUUACUGUUUUUUUUUUUUUUACUAAUCCUUGGCCACAAACAACACUGCUUUUAACUCCCACGCCGCUGUUUGUCCCAAAACAGGUCUGAUUUUUCACUCCUCUCAACAUCACCGUUUUUGCAGUUUUAUCCAGCAACGCAGCUAUGGCGAAUUUUAAAUUGCUUAUAUUUUUCGCCAAAAAUCCUACAUUGUUGUGGAUCUGAAAGUGUUGUGUCCCUCCAACACUAUUAGAAAAGAGAAAACAAUACCGCUUGCCAUCUUGAACCAUUAACAACAACGUUGUGGCUCCUUCCUAACAAUACCGCUUAAUUAUAUAUAUUUUUAUAAUAAUAAUUAUUUUCUUUUGUUUAUAUAUAUUUAUCACAUGGCCUAAAUUAGCCAAAUUUUAUUAUUUUUUAUAUAGCUAAACAAAAAUAUGGUUGGCUUUGGCAUAAACCAUCAUGCCAAAGGUCCACACCCACCGCCAACUACACGGAUCAAACCACACAAGCCAUCCAUAGAUACUCUGAUUCACCACAGUUGGCUUUACACACGUUGGUUUUGAUCUUUUGGAAUCAUUGUUGGCUUCCAACUCUCCAGUUCGUCUAGCUCGAACAUCUUUGUUCGAAAUCCCACCGAGCGUGCCAAAAUGUUUCCUCGGGAAAAACAAAUGCCACCGCCGGUGCCGAAUUCGUUUCCGUCGAUGUUGAUUUGAUAUUUCGCGGUGGAAACUCUUGCGGUGCCGUUUGAUCGGAAGCACCGCUGAUUGCUGAAAUCGAGACGACCGUCAAAUAUUCGCCGCCGAAUGUCGGCGCCGUUGAUUUGAUCGAUGCACCUCUAAAUGGUGAAAUCAACGUGACCGUCAAAUAUCCACCGCCGGGCGGUGUUGAUUUGAUCGAUGCACCUCUGACUUCUAACCAAGAACGACCGUUACUACGGUUCGCGCCUCUCCAAACUACGUUCGAACGAGGGUGUUUGAUUUUUGAGGAAUCUACGCUACCGCUACUCCUAUGGAGAUUCCUGUGGAGAGCUCCACGACUACGACUAAGACUACAACUAUGGAGAUCCUUCCUGGAAGGAGAGCUCCGCGAAGGAGUUACAGAGAAAAGGUAAAGUUUUGACAGAGUUGUUCUGUGUUGAUUUGGUUGUCCCUCUCUCUCUCCUUGCUCCGCUGCUUUUAUUUGAAAUCACUUGCGUAGUCUUCACGCCCUGUGGAACUGCUUCCUCAACCGCUCCGUCGUGAACUCCCACGUGUUUUCACUCUUAUCCACAGAGUUGUAGUCUUCAACCGCUUUGAUCUUCUCUUCACUCCCGAAUCUCCCGUGGAAGAAAAUAACUUUGUUAUUUUCAUGAGCCCGCGACGUCGUUUACGCCUCCACCAACAAAGUUUCCAUAACGACAUCGUUGAACCCAUUCACGGCAUUGCUCAACUUGCAACAACGUCAAGCUCACUACGUCGUUGAGCUCCACGAUGUUGUUUUGGCCUUGCGGCAUCGUUGAAUUUCUCGGCGUUGUCGAAUUCGCAACGCCACUGAAUUUGCGACCGUGACAUCAAUUCCGCUGCGUUGUUGUUUAACUAGCGGCAUUUUUAGCCUUGAGACACCGCAUUAAUUAAAUAUUUCACGUACCACAACAUUGUUGGGCUUACUUGCGGUAUCGUUUUCUUCCUCAAACAGCUCCGUUUGCUUUUUCUCAGCGACAUUGUUUUAUAUUAAACACUGUCGUUUUCUCUAGCACAACGGUACCGUUGAGCUUCCUUGCGGUAUCGUUUUAACUCAUCCGCGAUGCCGCUUGUCGCGGUGCCGUUUUUAGCCAAACGACAUCGUUUCCCAGUCUCGCGAUGCCGUUGAGCUUUGAGGUUCGCGACACCGUUUUAUCUCUUCGCAACAUUGCUUGACUCCAAACAGUGUUGUUACUCUCCUCCUCCGACAAGGAAAAAAAGAAUAAAAAAACAUUCUUUGU